AUGGAUCAAACUAAUGAUAUGGUUAAGAGCUUUAUUUAUUCAGCAAGCUUUAAUAUGCCUAGUCUUUGCAAAUAUUUCAUUGAACAAUCACCUGAUAUUCUUACGAAAUAUGGAGAUGAAGCUCUUCAAAAUGCAGCAAAAUAUGGAUGUUUAGAAACUGCAAAAUUUCUUUUAUCAAAAGGUGCUAAGUUCACAGAAAAUAGGCAUUCAUCUCUUGAAUUAGCAGUUAAGUCAGGAAACAUAGAGGUUGUUGACUUGUUUUUAAACAAAGGUGCAGUUUUAUCAAAACGCAUUUCAAAAGAAUGUUUAUACCUAGCUAUCAAAAACUACCAAAAAGAUAUGGUUCAAUUUCUUUUUUCGCAUGGAGUAGAAAUCUCGAAUGGAAAUCGUGACGAUGAAUCUUCUUUACAAUCAGCAGCUUUUCGGUCGACACCAGAAAUUGUUGAAUUAAUUCUCUCACAUAAACCGGAUAUAUAUGCAUUUGGUCCAAACAACCGCGAUGCAUUGGGAUUUGCAAGAAAGUUCAAAAGAUAUGAUAAUAUGAAUGCUAUCAUUUCUUAUCAAGCAGAAUUGUAUGAUAAGACAAGAUCAUAUUCAAAAAGGAAACUAUUUCUUGAAUUAUCGAUAAUAUUCAUUGCUACUGCCUUAAUUAUUUAUUAUUACAACAAUUUCAUAAUGUAA